CGAUCAGUCCUUUUCCCCCGUCUGUUAGUCAAGUCUUUCUCCCCUUCCGUCCGUCGCAGUUUUCCUCCGCUUCCGCCCAAUUUCUCGCCGCCGGCGGCCUGAUCCUCUGCCGUGGAAACAAGCGUGUAAUUUCGUUCCUUUCUAUAAAUCUCUGAUCACGCACUUCACUUGGUUUCCCUCAAUUGCGAAGGAAGAAAAGAAAUGAUUCCAGAUCUCUGCUUCCCCGCCCCGAAUCUGAAUUCCGCGUUCCUAUAUUAAACGGUCCUUCGGAUUUCUUCACUUCUUUCAUCUCGAGAUUUCGAUCAAUGGCGACGAGGAACCGGACGUUGAUAUUCAGGAAGUACAGGGACGCGUUGAAGAGCGUCAGGAUCCCGACGAGUUCCUCUUCUUCAUCACAGCAGCCGUUGUCGUCUGCUUCGACGAGCUCCUCCGCCAGAGGCGGUCGCGGCGGCGGCCCGGUGAUUGAGUUGGCCAACACUUCUUUUCUCAAUCCUAACCGCUCUUACGCUCCCCUCAGUACUGAAGAUCCCGGUAAUUCCAGUAAAGGUGCAUCAACAGUUGGUCUACCACCUGCUUGGGUCGACAUAUCGGAAGACAUAGCAGCCAAUGUUCACCGUGCUCGGAUGAAGAUGGCUGAGUUAGCCAAGGCUCACGCCAAAGCAUUGAUGCCUUCAUUUGGAGAUGGUAAAGAAGACCAACGGACAAUUGAGGGUUUAACCCACGAGAUAACCGGUCUUAUAAAGAAAUCAGAGAAAAAACUGCAGAGACUUUCAGCAGGGGGUCCAACAGAAGAUUCAAAUAUCAGAAAAAAUGUUCAGCGUUCCUUAGCAACAGACCUUCAGAAUCUUUCUAUGGAACUUCGCAAGAAGCAAUCAACAUACUUGAAGCGCCUCAGGCAGCAAAAAGAGGGUCAAGAUGGGGUUGACUUGGAGAUGAACCUCAAUGGUAAUAGAUCCAGAAUGGAUGACGAGGAUGGUUUAGAUAACAUGGUAUGGCAUUUAGUGAUCUUCAAAUGGCUAGAGUUAAAAAGACCGAGGCAUUUACAGCAGAAAGGGAGAGAGAGAUUCAACAGGCAAGUUGUGGAGUCUGUAAAUGAACUUGCUCAAAUCAUGAAAGACUUGUCAGUACUCGUGAUAGACCAGGGUACUAUUGUUGAUAGAAUAGACUACAACGUUCAGAAUGUCGCAACUACAGUCGAGGAAGGACUUAAACAGCUGCAGAAGGCCGAGAGAACACAAAAGCAAGGGGGAAUGGUAAUGUGCGCUACGGUGCUUGUAAUCAUGUGCUUCAUCAUGUUAGUUCUUCUGAUCCUCAAGGAAAUACUAUUUUGAGCUGCAAGGUAACAGCGAAAGCGAAAGAAUGUUGUGUCAUCACCCUGACCUGCUCCGACGUUUACCACAAUGCUAUAAAGGUGGACACUUUGGUUUUGCCCAGCAGAAGAAGAGCUUCUUGGUAACCUCUAUAUACAUAGGUAUAAAUAUGCACAUUUACGUGCUUCGGGUUUUGUAGAAUGUGGGCAAGAAGAAGUAGGGUUGGGUGGGAUUUGGGUGUGGGAUGAAAUUGCCAGGGCAAAAGUGAUUGAAUGAAUGUAUAGAGUUGAAACCUCAUUCAAUUUGAUUACUAUUUUCCCAGGUAGAACCAUGGCUUAUUGCUUCCCCAAUUGCUUGUUUUUCUUUUGUGGGGGAAUCAACUCGAUUUUUGUAGCCGAUAUUAUUAUUUUCUGUCUCAUGAGAAAUCGAUAUCCUUGUGGCU